UGGAGGCAAUGGGGUGCGGGCCAUGAGAGGGGGACCUGGUGGGCCAGGAAUGGGGUCCCUGGGCAUGGUGCUGGUCCUCCUGGUGCAGGUCUGGGCCUUGCAAGGAGCCACAAGCCUGAGUGUGCAGCAGGGGCCCAGGUUUCUCCAGGUGAGGCAGGACAGCCAGGUGACCUUGGCCUGCCAGGUGGUGCUCACUCAGGCCUGGGAGCAGCUUCGUGUCUGGUGGACCAAGGACCUUGACGUCUUGUGCGGCCUCCUCCUCCUCACCAACGGCAAUCUCAGCCUGGAGGACUGUGGGCCCCAGGGAUGGCUUUCCUGGCGGCCCCCUGGCAAUUUCACCCUGCAACUGGACCGCGUGAGCCUCAGAGACAGUGGGAACUACGUGUGCUGGGCGGCCCUGGAGAUUCCUGAGUUGGAGGAAGCUGAGGGAAAUGGGACACAGCUCCUGGUGGAAAGAGAUGGCUGGCUGACGAACCCGAACCAGAUUCGUUUCCCAGCCCCCAACCCAGGCCUUCUCCUCGCGCUGCUGGUGGCCGGGGGCGUUGCCGUGGCCGCUGUCGCGCUGGCCGCCUGGAUCUGGGGCCGCCGCCGCUGCGGGCAGCAGGAGACACGGAACCGUGCAGGGAAUGCCCUCUACAGCAACGUCCUGUACUGGCCCCCGAGGGCCCCAAAGGAAACUGAGACAUGGCCUGUGGAGGGGAAGGCGCUGGACAUUCCCAGGGAGGGCCAGAAAGGCCAGAGCUUCUACUCCGUCUCUUUCUCCCAGCGCCCCAGCCCCCAGCAGCGUCAGGCCCCCAGACCUUGCCCCGGCCCCAGCCCCAAUCACCCCAUCUCUACCGGCGGAGUGUCUCGGCCCAGGCCCCUCCGACAGCCAAGGCCAAGAGGGUUCCCUGAACUGAGAAGAGGAACGGAGACUCUGGGGACCCGGACAGGGGCCCCCGGUGGCCACACGAAGCCGCGACUGAUUCCAGGGGGACUGGGGGGCCCAGCAGCCCAGCCCAUUUCUUUCAGGGAAGGCCCCUGUCUUCAUUUCUGUGGCGCUGGACCUCUCGCUUGCCCCCAGCACACUCAAUAAAGGCUUGUAGAGAAAGCAAAGCUAGGCUUUGUGG